AUGCAGAUCUUCGUGAAGACCCUGACGGGGAAGACCAUCACCCUUGAAGUCGAGAGCAGCGACACGAUCGACAACGUCAAGGCCAAGAUCCAGGACAAAGAAGGUGCGGAUUGGGGCAGCCAGGCCGAGACUUCCUCGGAGACGCUACCCUAGGAUGAUUGUGCUUACGCGCUCUUUUGGUUGCAACGGCAGGUAUCCCGCCGGAUCAGCAACGCCUCAUCUUCGCCGGGAAGCAGCUCGAGGACGGGCGCACCCUCGCGGACUAUAACAUCCAGAAAGGUUAGCUUCCCAAAAUCUCCUCUUCAGCGUGUUCUUUUUUUUGUCUGAUUUUUUUUUUUUCAUCUAUACCUGAUAUUUAUGCAAUACUGAUUUUUCAAUUUCACUCUGUGCAAAUGCGAAACCAGAGUCAACCCUGCAUCUUGUGUUGCGGUUGAGGGGAGGAAUAAUUGAGCCUUCGCUCAUGGCCCUGGCCAGGAAGUACAACCAGGACAAGAUGAUCUGCCGAAAGUAAGUGUUUCUCGAUUUCUUGCUGCACUUUUUUUUUUUCACCGAAUUUUAUCAUUUGAUUAAGGAUACAUUACUGCGAGUUUAACCAUGUUAGGCAUCAUCACUCUGUUUCCUUGUCUCAGUUUGGAUUCUAGAGCAUACUGCCUACUGUUUAUCCGUUAAGUUCAUUCUCAUUAACGCAUAAAUACUCUCCUUUUAUUGAAUCAAUGAAGAUUCUCGCUGUCUGCAAGUUCGGCAGCAACGUUGUUACACUUUUAGUAAUUUUUCGAAUCUCAGGGGACUAGAAUGUGAUUUUGGCGCUGUCUUUGUUUCCACACAAUUAGCCCUGUUUUCAGCGGUUCCCUCAGCCGGCUGAUCUACGCUAGCUUGUCUGUGUCUACAACGGGCGUAUCUAACCGUUCAUCAAUGUUCUUAGUGGGUGUUAUUUUUUUAGUUAUGCCACCUUUGAUUCCAUAUUUUCCAUGUUUUGUUUUCACGAACACUUGAAGGACUUUACAUCCACCAAAAGGCUGCCUUCACCUAUCUGGAAGCACCACAUCACACGCAACUAGUUUCCUUUUUCUAGCAUGUUUUUGAUAAAAUAAGAUCCUGCUCACGGAGAAACCCUUUUUUGUUGUCUAUUGGCUGUUGACUAGUAUAGAUUUUAUAAUUCAGUUGCAUAUAUGAAACCUGGGCUCUGGUUGCUUGUCAGAAAUUGGAUCUUGACAUUUUUUCUGUACGGUAUCAAAUUAUCUUGUGGACGAAAGGAUAAUCAUGCAAAGCUAACGUUUUAAUUUUGAGUAUCUUACUUACACUUGGUGAGGACCCAUGUAUAGACAAAUUGUAAGCCUUUGACGAAUCAAUUAGUGCUUUGCACGAGACUUACGAAUGCGAGGGCUCGGUGAGCUCUUAUGUCCAUAUUAGGUCAGAAACAUUUGGGUCUCCCUUUCCAUAUUAGCCGAAUUUCUGAGGCAGACAAGUCCCUGACCUACCUCAAGAAGUGUUUUAUUUUUUGAUAUAUGUCAUAUUUAUUUUCUUGCUGAUGAUUUCUAUCCUCCACUAAGUGAGAGGUAUGGUGGAAGCUAUUUCAUAAAGUCCACUGCCAAGCGAUAUGAACAAUCAAUAGCCUUGAAUGCCUUACAUUUUAUUUUUUUUGGGUCCAUGCAAUUUGUAUUUGUGAUUUAUCAUUUCUUCAGUUUACUGGUUUGCCUUUGUAUGAUGAUAUCUGAAAGAUAUCCAAAAUUUUAUUCUGUCGUUUCAGAUGCUACGCCCGACUUCACCCAAGGGCUGUGAAUUGUAGGAAGAAAAAAUGCGGCCACUGCAACCAGGUACUUCUUCCCCUUGGUAUUUUAUUUUGUUGGUUUAUUUAGUUUCACCUCCUAUCAAUUACUUGAAUUAUAACAUAGGGCCUUUUUCUUUUACUUGACCUGUGGCUCCCCUGAAGCUAUGCACCUCUUAGUCUCUGUUCUCUUGGGUACCAUCCUGUUACUACUAGUUGAAUAACUCUGGGUUUUUUUUUAAUUUUUUAGAGAGAGAGAGAGAGAGAGAAAGAGAGUUGAAUAGCUUUUAUUUAUUUUAUAUAGUUCGUUGGAUCUCUCGCUACUAAAUGAAGUAGGCACUGAACGUGGACAGUUCUUCUCCCCGAAAUUCUCCUCUCACGUCGAGUUUUCUUCUGUACGCAGCUGAGGCCGAAGAAGAAGAUCAAGUAG